ACCUAGCUUUUCGCCCCUUUUUUUUCCCCCACGACCAGGAUCGGUGAGCGAGUCCAAGCGGCCAAAUCCAAUCGCUAACCACCGCCGGCGUCCUCGUCUACGUCUACUACCUGCUCUGCUCUCUCUCCCCCACAGGCCCCGCAGCAUCCACACGAGGACUUCAGAAUCAGCAGCAGCCAGCAGGCAGCAGCUCAGCGAGACAGACGCGUCCGGGGCUCCCCUCCGCGCGCCCGCCGAUCAAGGAUCAACAACACACGGGGACGCCUCCCGUCUCCUUCAUUCCCAGCCUGCACUGCGCCGCCCCAGACGCCCGCGACCCUCUCCACCUCCUCCGGCGAAUACCGUUCCUCCCCGGCAAGCUACCCUCCGAUCCUUUGUUCCGGGUGAGUCUACGCGCAGCGCUUCCUCCCGCGGCCGGAUCCCCAUCGGCGCGACGCGAUUCGUGGAUCCGGCGGCCGGGGUCUUCGCCGUCCACAGCAGUCUGCGAGGUAGUACCGUCGACGAGGCCUCCCUCCCCUCCGGCGAGCCCCCCUUCCGAAGUCGUGAGUCCUCCCAGGGUUUAUGCAUGACAGCCCCUGUGUCUCUUCCAAAUGAGCUAGAAGCGGUCUCCCAUUCUGCAAGGGUUGAGUUAUUCCGAGACGCUAGUUGCAACAUAGAAAAUGAGGUGUUGGCCAGUUUGGGAAAUGGCCAAGAUUCAACUGCUGUUGGAGCAACUCCUGGUUUCAGAGUUGGAGAGAUCAGGUUUGCUAAUGGAGAUAUUUAUUCUGGCACAUUGUUGGGGAACACACCAGAGGGUUCAGGCCAGUAUCGCUGGUCAGAUGGUUGCACCUAUGAUGGUGAGUGGAAUAAAGGGAUGAGGCAUGGGCAAGGAAAGACGGAAUGGCCAUCUGGAGCCACCUAUGAGGGUGAGUAUUCUGGUGGCUAUGUAUAUGGUGAAGGUACCUAUAAGGGUCCAGAUAAAAUCAUUUACAAGGGACGAUGGAAGUUGAAUCACAAGCAUGGACUUGGACAUCAGACAUAUCCAAAUGGAGACAUGUUUGAAGGUUCGUGGAUUCAGGGAGAAAUAGUAGGUCAUGGGAAGUACACGUGGGCAAACGGGGACACUUACGUUGGCAACAUGAAAAGUGGCAAGAUGUCAGGGAAAGGAACUCUUACAUGGAAAAAUGGGGACUCGUAUGAGGGUAACUGGAUAGAUGGCAUGAUGCAUGGGUAUGGAAUCUAUACAUGGAAUGAAUGUGGGUAUUAUAUUGGAACAUGGACAAGGGGACUGAAGGAUGGGAAAGGUAAAUUCUUUCCGAAAGGUUGUAGAGUACCUGUUAACGACGAGAUGUAUAUCAAUAAUCUAAGAAAUCGUGGUGUACUGCCUGAUAUUAGAAGGCAGAAUCAUGGUUCACGCAUACUUCACUCUUCCUCGGUUGACAUGGGGAACAUGAAGGUUGGUAUGGCUAGGCAAUCUUCAGAUGUUUUGUUCAAAAGGAAUUCAGCUGAGCAAUCUUCUUUGAAGAAUGUGUCUUUGGAAAGACGGUGGAGUCUUGAGGUGGCUAUUGAAAAAUUUAUUGGCCAUGAAUCCAGCGAAAGUUCUGGUCUAGAAAGCUUGGAAAACUUGAGUGAUUCUCGUUUGCCCAUACUGGAAAGAGAAUACAUGCAAGGUGUUCUAAUCAGUGAGGUGGUUCUUGACAGGAGUUUUUCAGACUCCUCAAAGAAGACAAAACGCCGCCAGAAGAAAACGGUGAGGGACACAAAAAAGCCUGGAGAGACAAUAAUUAAGGGACACAGAAGCUAUGAUUUAAUGCUCAGCCUGCAGCUUGGAAUCAGGUACACAGUUGGAAAGAUCACACCAAUUCAAAAACGUGAAGUUCGUGCUUCAGAUUUUGGACCAAGAGCAAGUUUCUGGAUGAACUUCCCAAAAGAAGGAUCUCGGCUUACUCCUUCACAUUCAGCGGAAGAUUUUAAAUGGAAAGACUACUGUCCCAUGGUUUUCAGGAAUUUGAGAGAGAUGUUCAAGAUUGAUGCUGCAGACUAUAUGAUCUCCAUAUGUGGAAAUUCUGCUCUUAGGCAACUAUCUUCCCCUGGAAAGAGUGGAAGUGUCUUUUUCCUGUCACAAGAUGAUAGAUUCAUGAUUAAGACUCUCCGAAAAUCUGAAGUGCAGGUUCUUUUACGAAUGCUUCCAAACUAUUAUGAUCAUGUCCGUACCUAUGAGAACACCCUCAUAACUAAGUUUUUUGGCCUCCACAGGGUGAAACCUUCUAGUGGUCAAAAGUUUCGGUUUGUUGUAAUGGGAAACAUGUUUUGCACUGAAUUGAGAAUCCACCGGAGGUUUGAUUUGAAAGGAUCAUCUUUAGGCCGUUCUACUGAUAAAAUUGAAAUUGACGAGAACACAACUCUGAAGGAUUUGGAUCUUAACUAUUCCUUUUAUCUUGAACCUUCCUGGCGUGAGGCUCUUCUUAAACAGAUUGAAACAGACAGUGAUUUUUUGAGAACACAGCGGAUAAUGGAUUACAGCCUACUGCUUGGUGUCCAUUAUAGAGCUCCACAGCACUUGCGGACACGUGCAUCUUAUCACCGGAGCAUGGCAGCAGAUAGAUUGACUGUUGUUUCAGAAGAAGAUGCUCAGGAAGAUGAUGCCCUUAGCCAUCCAGAAGGACUAGUCUUGGUUCAAAGCAGUGGUGAGAACAGUGUUAUUGUUGGCCCUCACAUAAGAGGCAGCCGCUUGCGUGCAUCGGCUGCUGGAUUUGGCGAAGUAGACCUACUGCUGCCUGGAACAGCCAGGCUUCAGAUCCAGCUAGGAGUUAACAUGCCUGCAAGGGCAGAGCAGACCCCUAAGGAAGAUGAAAGCAAACCGUUCCGUGAGGUGUACGAUGUGGUCCUCUACCUGGGCAUCAUUGACAUACUGCAAGAGUACAACAUGACAAAGAAAAUCGAGCACGCUGUCAAGUCCAUGCAGUAUGACUCGGUCUCGAUCUCGGCUGUGGACCCCCAGUUCUACUCGGAGCGUUUCUUGAACUUCAUCCAGACCGUCUUCCCUGAGAAUUCGUAGCUCCAUCCACCAAUACUUUUCUUGGAAGAUGCCCGCCCACUACCACUUGCUGAGAACUUCAUCCAGACGACAGUCCAUGUCUUCGAAUUUGGAGCUUGCGAGCAUCAUAAGAACAUUGCACUCUCUUCAGUGCGUGCCUGUUCCUUCCUGGAUGAACUGGCAGGAAGAGUGGCCAACAAAAUGAGAUUCGUUAGUGAAAUUGUGCAGAAGCAAAUCGAUCUUCUCUAGGCUAUUUUGCCCCGAUCCCUGGGGUCACCGGAUCAGCCGUCUGGCUUCCUGGAGUAGGCUUGGCGUAUUGGGACUCGAGCAGGAAGUAGAUGUGAGUUGCGAGGAUUCUAGUGACAGCGGCGCCAUAGAGCUCUGGGAUUCACUGUUAUGUCUCGGCAGUUGCAGAAAGCUGAAGCGCCUGUUGCCUCUGGCUCGUGUUUCAUCUGUUAAGGUGCUAUGGAGGAUAUGUUUAAUAAGUCCCUGAAAACACGCAUCAAGCUCCGAUACAUUUUUUUGUAGGACAAACAAAAGAGUACUAUGUAUUUUAUCGCAAAAACGAAAAGAAAUGGAAGCAACAGAUGAAAA